CUCAUUGGCCCUUAUUUUAUUCUUCUUUAUCGUAUGGAAUCUGAACAAACCCAACGUUUACAAAAAGAACUUUUAAAGAUCAAGAAAGGACUCAAAAGCUGGGAAUAUGAAUUCUUCAAAAAACAUCAACGGAAACCUACAGUGAAGGAUAUUCAAGAACGGCCUAGAGUAGAGAGGGUGUACAAGGACUACAACACUAAAAAGAAGCAGUUACGACUACUUGCUGUGGAUCCAAUUGAUUCUCAAUCCCAGCCUGUAUCGAUCUUUGACUCUCAAUCACAGCAUCAAGAAAAUGUGUCCAGUCCUUCUUCAACAAAUGUAUUAUUAUCCCCUUCCAAUAAACGACGUCGAGGUAGUCAUGGAUCAGUGGAAUAUAUUCGAUCACCAAGCCAUCGACUUUCAAGAAUGAAGUACAUAGAUCAUCUCCAUCAACCUACUACAACAUCCUUGGACUUUGAAUCAAGACUUUCUAAAACUACUACUUCUAAUACCAGUACGACUGAAGAUACCGUUUCCUCCACCACGACGACAACGACUAGCCUGACAAAAAAUACUUUGGAGGAAGACCUUUUCUGGCUUGGCCCUUCUCAAGAAUCUAUCAUUAGCUCACAGCCACAAAAUUCUGUAAUGAUAUCAACAUCAUCAUCAUCAUCCUCUUCAGCUGCUCCAAGUACAAAAGAAGAAGAACAAGAAAACGGUCAAUCACAACUAGAAGCAUCGUCUCAGGUAUCAUCCUUUUUAUCGACUGAUUCUAGUAAUCGGAAAAAAAAGAAAAAGAAGAAUACAGCUUUGGAACAUAAACUUUUUGGACAUUUGAUAUGGAAACCUCGAGAUACCCUUAGUCCUGCACUCAAGGCAGAGAAAGAAUCGACUUCUCAACCUACAACACCUAACACGACGACGGAAGAUCUCCAUGGACAGACUCCUACAACAACAUCAUCAUCAACAUCAACAUCAUCUACGGCAAUGAUGUCAGCAGUGACUGAAGAAACAAUUCAUGAUGAUGACAAGGAUUCUCAAAUAGAUGGUUUGGCCAUGGAAGGAUUGGUCAUUGCAGAACGACAACUGGAUCCUUUCCGGCAUUUUGAUCCAUCAUUAAAGGAAGAUAUGGAAGAUCCUGAUAUGUUUGUCAUGCCUGGACUAUUUACAAGUGUGAGGGCAAGAUCCACCGUGAUGGCACCUAUGAUGAUGGAUGAUCCUGAACGACAUACACGAAUAUUGGAAGCUCUUAGAAAUGGCACUCUAGGUGAAAAACGAUAUCAACAAGAGGAUCAAGACUUGGAUGAUGAUGUCAAACAAUUUAUAGCGGAAAAUACUGAUAUGUUUAUAGAUGAAGGUGAUCAGGAUCAAGAGAUGCAAACAACAACAACAAAAUUCCGGAAAAAGUUUACUCAAAAAAGACAGACUCGUUUACAUAAAUUCAAAUAUGUUGAAACAACCGGCUCUACUCAUAUCUAAUCUUCUCUAUCUAAUUUUUUUUUAGUUUAUAUUCAUUCUUUCCUUCCCUUUGUAUAUAUAUAUUUGUUAUCUGUUUAUUUAUUGAAAAUAUGUAGUUGUAUGAAGAUGAAUAGAUAUCCAUCCAUAUAUUUGAUUUGAUCUAUUCUAAUAAAACCAAAC